CUUCUUGGGAGCUGAGUUCCAUUUUGUCGAGCGAGUGAGCCACAUUCUCCAGUCCGGUAGGUGGCGGUAAUGCAUGUGAACGCUGGUUGCCAAACGCCAUUCUCAUCAAAUAAGAAGAAAAAGGAGGGGGGGGGCAUAGAAAAAGAAGCUAAUUUCUCCCAGUUUUUAAGCGUAUUAAAGAUGGAUUUGGAUUCUAUGAAAUAUGGGGAGCUACGUGGUCUAGCAAAACAUCUGGGUCUGAAGGCUAAUAUGAAGGCUGACAGGUUGUUGGAAGCCAUUAAAAAGCAUUUUGAGCAACAAAGGAGCACUGAGGAAGAUAAGGUAGAAGAGACGAAGGCUGAUGGCACCGCUGAGGUGAAGGCAGACGAAUCCAAGGUGGUGGUUUGCAUGGCUUCAGACAAGAGCAGCCAAAUGCAGAGGGACAAGGAUGAAGCAGUAGGUCGUCAAGCAGUGAGCACAGAGCAACGAACUAACCUGAAGUUUCUGGUCCGGUUGGGGAAAAGUCCGUCCGAAGCACUGGGAUUGCUGCAGCAAGUGUACGGAGAUGAAACCAUGUCGCGCUCGCGUGUUUUCGAGUGGUGCAAGAGGUUCAAAGAGGGACGCGAGGACGUGGAAGACGACCCCAGGAGCGGAAGGCCUUCGACGAGCAGGACUGAGGCCAACAUCGAGCGCGUCAGACAGAUGCUGCGUGGCGAUCGUAGGUUGACAGUGCGGUUGAUCGCAAAUGAGCUGGGCAUGAACAGGGACAACGUCUGGAAGAUUAUCACUGAAGAUUUGGGCAUGCAGAAAGUCUGACACUUCCCUACUGAAUGAGAAUGAGUGAAUGAUUCCUUACGGAUGCAGUUGCCAUUCCCUUGCACUCCCUAAUCACUAUAUAGGGAUUUUUUUAGUGGACUUUGAUGAACUGUACUGAUGAAAAAUGUCAGGGAAAGCCUACCAGAACAUAUAAACUUUAUUUGGGAUUCAUCAGCGGCACUUUCAAUGUUGGCAGGUGUGUGCUGACUCCCAUUGAACCUAAAUUUGAAUGUGUUCAUUCUGAGCAGAGAUGGCGUUAUAACCCCAGUUAUAAUAGGGUGUUCACACUUUUGCAACUGCACUAUCUCAGUUGCUUGUUUUUACUUCCACCUCAAAAAGAUUUCAUUAAAAUUUUUCAAUCAAGUUGUACAUGCAAAUAGGUUACAAAGGUGGCAAAAGUUUUGAAAUGAUUAAUCUUGGUCUAUUUCACAGAAAAGAUGUUUUAUAUGGUUUUAUAAGAUGUUCAUUGCAUGUGCAAAAGCUUUUUUUGUGUUUUUUUUUUUUUUUUACUCUGUGGAUUAUUUCUAAUUGUUUUUUUUCUAUUGUGGAAGUUGUUCAUCAGUAAUAACUGGUGAACUGGUGAAGUCGCUGCAUUAAUUA